AUGCUGCCAUCCGCAGAGGUCCUCGGGCGAUGGCGUGUAUCUGGUAUCUUCAGAUGCAGCAGGGGCUGCAACAACAGCGCCAACGUGCCAUGCAAAAUUGAUGGUUGCGUUGCCUGUUUGUUGGGGCUUAAGUGGCUGCUUUAUGGGCGACACAGGAGGAGCAGGACACCCAGGGAUGUCCUGGCAGGAACAAAUUUAAUGCCAGAAAUCAAUCUUGGGGCUCUUCAAUCAAUUGAUUAA